ACCCUCAAGGUCACCAUGAACCAGCAGCAUUUCCAGGAAGAAUCAGAGAAAAUGGAGCGCGAGGAAAUCCGAAAGGGACCGUGGACGGAGAAUGAGGACAUGAUUCUGAUCAAAUUCGUUCACUUGUUCGGAGAUCGGCGAUGGGAUUUUAUAGUCAAAGUUUCAGGUUUGAACCGAACCGGAAAGAGUUGCAGGUUACGUUGGGUUAAUUACCUUCACCCUGGUCUCAAAAGAGGUAAGAUGACACCCCAAGAAGAGCGCCUUGUCCUUGAACUUCAUGCCAAAUGGGGAAACAGGUGGUCGAGAAUUGCUCAGAAAUUACCGGGGCGUACCGACAACGAGAUCAAGAACUAUUGGAGAACUCACAUGAGAAAAAAGGAUCAAGAAAAGAAAAAGGCCUUGUCACAAUCAUUGUCACCGUCAUCUUCAUCUUCUUCCAACAGUCAUUCGUCGUCAUUAUCGAGCACCGGAAAGGUAAGUUUCUACGACACCGGAGGGCCAGACGUGGCAGAAUUCGAAGACGAAAAGGGGUAUUCCAUGGAUGACAUAUGGAAGGAUAUUGAUAUGUCUGAAGAACAUAUGAUAAAGCCUUCGACUCAUAACUAUAACGACUAUUGCUUGGAUUCACUGUGGAAGAUGGAUGAAGAAGAGAGUAAGAUGUUCUUCCCUUCCAAUCAAUCAAUCUCUUGCUUUGAACAUGGGACAUCAUAUUUAACAGGCUAGUUAGAAUUCAUUUAUUUAUUCAUAACAUGUAACAAUCACUUGUCUCCUGGGGAAACUCUUUAACAGCUGCGUGUUUUCAUAUCUCACCAUGCUGCAUAUCACUGUAAUCAUCUCAUGCUCUAGUCUUCACCAAGGCCAUUUAAAUUAUGAUUUCGAUGGCGGAUGUAA